AUGCACAUUUUUGCGAAAAGCACAUUGAUAGCAGUCGUCAUCACGUUGGUCGGCAAGGUUUGCCUUGCCGUGAAGGAGCAAUCAACAGCCAAAAGUCGCAACGCAUUCCUCGACUUCUUCAAGCUAACGGGAGACGUAGUGCCAUCUACAUACCCGGUGCUGAAGUUCAACCAGAGCGCCAACAACGACUCCACGUUCGCCGCGCUGCGUCGCCGCGAGCUGCAGGAGCUCCAGGAGGAGGCGAUGCGGCUCCUACCUUUGCAGCGCCGCAACUUCGAGGGAAUCACACACAAGCUCGUUCGGCAGUCCAAUGCAGUGGACGAGUUGGCCACCGCCAUGGAACGCCAGCGUCUUUCACCGCAGCCUUCCUCUCCUCGGACUCACAUCGUUGCAGAAUACCGCGAGCUGGCGGCAGCACAUUCGCAGCUUCUCACGCAGCAGAACGAGUGCACAGCUGUCUUAAAGGAGCUGCAAAUCCUGGAGGCCGAUGCAAAAAUAUACAAGAGUACCGGACCAGUGCUGACAGCACAGAGCAAGGACGACGCCUUGAACACCAUAACGAAGCGUAUAGAGUACAUAUCGAACGAAAUCGAUGAAAAGGCCAAGGCAAUGGCCAACCUCCAGGGCGCCAUCGAGGAAAAAUGCCGAACAGUUAGUUUUAAAAUUACUGUUUUAAAGAGCGCAGUUGGACGCCAUGAACGCGCAACAUCAACGGGCUGCACAACCCAGCUAAAACGUAAAUAUUACAAAAACUCCGUGCUUGUUCUUGAGCACACGCAUACCCAAAACAUUUCCGGAGGUCAAGACAAUGUCCUUAAUUUCCUCCUCGAAUUUGAUGUCAGACUCGCUGGUAAGGUCGUCCACCAGGGUGGCGACGAGCUCCGUUCCGUUGUAAAGGUUGGUGGUGACGUGGAGGGUCCUCUUGUCGGCGAAGAUGACGUUGAUGAUGGCGUUGUCGCACGGCUGCUCGACCCUGUGCUCGGCAGCGGUGUCGUUUUGCGGGAGGGUGGCAACGUAAGCACCUUCGGCGCCGCCAGGAAGUUGAAUGGAAAGGAACUUUCCAACCUCGACCUCGCUGGUACCCUGCAUCUCGAGCAUGAUGAUCAACUGGUUGUCCUUUUUGAAGGCGAACGGCAGAAUCUUCUCUUUGUCGAGGGCGUAUUCCUCACCGUAAUCGGAAGUGUACUUGACAGUGAGGCUGUGGUCUUUCUCCUGGAUACCUUCGAUGGUGGGCAACAGACGCUUCUCCUUGACGAUGGCGAAGGGGUCGAAAGUGAACUCGUUCUUGUUGAACACCUGCCUGUCGAGGAAGGCACCAAUUUCAGUGGUACGGUAGAGCUUGCCGUCAAUGGUCUUCUCCUCCCAGAAGAUGGUAGUGGGCUGGAGGGCGGUGUCGGUGACCAUACCACCCCAGAGCGCGCUGACGACACGGAUGUAACGGUCGCUAGGGCAGGUCAUGACGACAGUCUGUCCAUGCUUGCAAGGGACGGUCUUGAUGUUCGAGUCUUCAGCGUGCAGGGUGCCCUUGACGAUACCGAACUUGGCCUUAAACACGAAGGGCUUCUGGUUGUCAGCGGUGAUACCACCGAGGUGGAGAUCAAGGAGACCGUUGGAAGUCCUCUUGGGGCUGAAGGUACAGCUGCUGCGACCCUCACAGAAGAACUGCAGAAGAUCCAGACGGUUCCUCCUGGUGUCGUCCUCUUCGAGUUCCUUACCGACAAUAUCCCAGACAGCGGACUUGACGGACAGCAUGAGGAUGAUCUGGUCGGUACCGUUCUUCCUAAUGACAUCGACGUACGCAUUGUGGUAGGCGGGACGGCAGAAGUACUGCGCGUCGAUGACCUGGUAGUUGCACACGGUGUCACUGACGUAGAGCGACUUGUCAAUGGUGCAGCUACGCUGGUUUUGGCAGAGGUAGAAGGCGUUCUCCAUGAACGACCUGUUGCAGUAGUUGUGCCUGUACUGCCAGGUGUGGAAGAGACCAGCUCCACGCACGAAGGACAGGUUGAUCACCUCGCCCUGUUCACAACCCAUAACCAGGUCAAGGUUGGGGUCGAUGGCGGCAAUCAUCUCACGACCAGUGGGCUUGCGGGCCGUCGAUUCGCAGACACCGCUAACCUUCAAGGUGUAGCUGGCGUUGGAGAACGGCACGCCGAAGAAGUGGUAGAUCUUGUCAACAACAUUCUCGAGGUGGGCGAUGGGCUUCAGGAUGCAAUUGUUAAGGCCACGGCAAAUCUUCUUGACGUCGGAAGUCCUGUCCAAACGAACGGGCCCGUUCUCGUCAAUGUCCAAUUUGCCGGAAAAGGUGGCUAUCCACAGGGCGUUCGUGAUAGUGAGCCCAGUUCCAGAGGGGCAUGA